CCCCGCUCCCGCCCGAGGCUGGACGCCGAGGCAUGAAGAGAAGCCUCCCCGGUGGAGGAGCUGAGGUGGGCUUGGUCCCUGCGCGGCUGCGGACCGGUCGCCCCAUGCGGGCUCUGUCCCUCGCGGCCCCUCGCCGGGAUGGAGGCGCAGGGCAGCCGUCGGCGGCAGCUUCCCGUCCUGCUGCUGUGGGUUAAUGGUCUAAUGACGCUUGGAUUCGCAGGUGCACGUCAAUGGACUGAUCUCUGCAAUGAAUCUCUCAUGUUAGAGAAGUUGCCUGCCUGUGGAAAAUCCUUUGAAGAGAUGAUGAAGAAAGUGGACUCUAAAAAGUGGUGCAACCUGACAGAAUUUAUCAUGUAUUAUGACAACUUUACCCAGUGCACAGAACGUGAAGCCAACAAUGCAAGUUGCUUUUGGCCAAACCCCCUUGCAGAAGGCUUUAUCACUGGGAUUCAUAAACAAUUCUUUUCAAACUGUACUUCAGAAAAGGUUCACUGGGAAGAUCCACCGGAUGAAAUUCUCAUAACUCUGAUCUUGAUCCCAGUCAUGCUGACAUGUGCCAUGAUAACGCUGGUAGUAUGGUGCAGCAAGAGAAGUGAUAUCCUGGUAUAAGUUCUUCCUCUGGGCUUUCUUUUUCCCCAUUUACUUCUCCCAAAUACACUAAGAAAGGAGGAAAAAGAGAGACACUCGAAGAUUUCAUAUCUGCUAAAUUGGAACCUGUGAGAUACUGAGUCAGAGACGAUGGUCCUGUGAACAAAGAACUGCCUGCUGCUGCUGAAAUUCACUGCUUCUAGCUUGGCCAUGGGUGUUGCUGGUGCAGAAUUCUACUUCCAUUGGGCCUCAUCAUCAUGGAAUUCACAAGCAGCUCCCAGAAACAGAAAGAGUCCCCAGGCAAAUAGACUCCUUAUCUGCGAAAAGGGUAAUUUCCUAUGGGUAAAGCUGUCUGGUAAACUAAUUUUUGCAAAACUGUAAGUAAUUGUAUGUACUCACAGUGUAAUAUUGACUGCGGAGGAGAUGAUAUCUCUUGAGGUUUUGUGCAGAACACUUGAGAUUUUCGUCUAUGAACCCUGUGGCUUGGAUAGAUCAUUGGCAAAGGAACUGAACGUGGAUGUAACCAAGUGGUAGCUUUUCCUGAAAGCUGGUCAAAAUCACCCUUAUCAAGAACUAGAAGUAUUGUCCUGGCAAAGAAACAAUUUUUGUGUCCAGUGACCAUCUACACAGGAAAAUUAUCAUGCCACAGUAUAAAAUAGUUUAUAAAAUUCCUUUAAACAUGGCUACUUGGAAUUGUAUGUCUUACAAACAAACUCUGGGAAGAUAAACAGGUCUUGUUUUACAGAGCUGAAAAAUGUGAGAGCAAAUUGGUUUAUUAUAAAUAUACUAAGAAAUAAUGAAGAAACUUUCAUAUACCAGACUCUUUAUUUUUCCUCUUUUAUAAUUAUUAUUCUUGAUGACUUGUGUUCACUGUAUACUCCCCACUCUCACUUCAAUUUGUGCAAGUGAUAUCCUACAAAUAUGUAUAAAGGUGUCAUGUUGAUUGAGGUGCCUUUCAGCGUAUUGUACAUAAAUAUUUCUAUGUCCUGUGUAGAGUGUGGGAACUAAAAGUAUGAACAUCAAAGCUUGGAACAGACAUAGGAGGAAAGAAAAAAUUCAACUCAGAAAUCUUUUUCUAUAAAGUUAUUCCUAUGUAACAGUUUAAAUAAAGAUCAUAUGCUCAAAAAUAAAACAACUUCUGUGUUUGUGUUGCAAA